AUGGAGAUCUGCAAAUUGCAGGUAAAUAUAUAUUACAUUGUGAAUCAUAGUAAAAUUACUUUUAUUAAAUAUAGAUUAAGGAACAGAGAACAAAAAUAAAUAUGGUGAUCAAGGGGCUGUAGAGGAGUGGAGACACAAGGGGGGAUAAGACACGCAGAGGACCUGGGGGGAAGUUGAGCCAUAUGAAGGAGCAGGAGGUGGGAGGAUGAGAUACAUAGAGGGGUUGGGGGGAAGAGGAUUGAGACACAUGGGGGGGAUUUGGGGGCAGGGCAUUUGUUGCACCAGGGCCCAGUGGUUUCAAAAUACGCCUCUGCUCAUAGUACCCCAAUGUCGGUGGGUCCCACACUAUUAUUAACAUUAGAGAUUUACAUGCUAACUGCAAUAAUUACUGCUUAAACUGCUUCCAGAGACUAACCUCAGAAAGAUUUUUAUUAAACAGGUGGCCUUAAAAAUUUUUUAAUUUUAGCAUGACCUUAACGCUAUAACUCUGGGCAUAUCUGUGUAAGUACUAAGUCUUCUUAUUUUAAUAUGUUUAAUAAGAAGACUCUGGUCAAUGCCCCCCCAUGUCCCUUAUCCAAUAGCAGGUAAGAGAGAGAAGGUCAGUUGCAAAGCCCUCUCUCCAUAACCCCAAUCCCUGUGCUGAAUGUUAGUGUAAUGAGGGGGACCUCCAUGAUUGCCCCCCUUAUGAUGUUCAACAAACCUGUAAAAAACUAUUAGGAAUUACACUGAGGCAACAUUGUACUUUGACAGUUUUGCAUAGCAAUGUUAAUUAAAUUCCCCACCUCCCCCCAAUUUUUUUUUUUUUUUUAAUUAUCAUAUUCAUAAUUAUAACAUGAACAUAGACAUACAGCAUGAACAGUUAUAAUAUUAUAUUUUACUAAAUACAUUCUUAGGGUAAUUUGUGUUAACAAUAGAGCAGCUUUCUAUUUUAUAUUCCUCCCUAUAUAGAGAUAUCAUUAUAUAUAUUAGCUCCCAGUCCUUUCUAUCAGUGCUAAUGAAUAGCAUUGCACAAUGGGCUCCUUAAAUGAAUACAUUCUGACCUUUUAUUUUUGUUUAAUGGGUAGCCGGCUCAAGAUGAAACAAACAAAGUUGAAGAAGACUCUGAGGAAAUACCAGCUCAGAGUGAGAAGGAAACAUCUGAUGAGAAUGAAGUAGAACACCUGAGUGACUCAAACGACAGCGACAAAGUUGAGAAUGAGGGAAACAAACAGAGAAAGAGGGGAUCCCGUCUGAGACGAGCAAUACGGGCUCUGCGCUGCCGCUUCUCCAACACUGACAGUAGCACAGAGAGAGAAGCUACAGCUUCCAUCCAAUCCUCCCGGCCAUCGGAACGCAGUCCAGGAUUGCUGCAGAAGUGUGUCAGUGGCCUGUCUCAAAUAAGGAAGAGGUGGAAACAAAGAACCACAACUGUCCGUCCAUUACCAUAA